CCCAGCGACCGCUUUGUUCUUCCCUGUAUGAGUGAGGUCGGUGUCCUGCUGUUUGGUCUGUGCCGUCGAUCCACCUCAAGUUGGAACUCACUUCUUCUCUGCUCCGCCCCGCCCAAACAGUUGCUAGGUUAUCCAUAGUAUAUGAAAAAGAUGUACUCGAUAGAGCAAGCUAGGUGCUUUGAGUGUCAAGGAUUUGGUCACAUUGCUUCAAAAUGUGCCAAAGGCUAAGAAGAAACGGAAGAAUGAAAGAGGCGAUUAUUGUCAUUUGUAGUGUAAAGAUGACUUGCAUGUGAAACUGAUGUGAGAAAGAACAUUGCAAAUUAAGGACAUCGAAAGCUCUACAAAAGAAACCUCCUCGUCGAGUUUGCCUGGGAAGUCAUAUGUACUGUUUACCCAACUGUUCCAACAUAUCUUUUUUCAGGCGGUGUUUGGUUUGUCGUACUUCGCUGUCCAUGCAAGUCAGAAACUUGGUAACUUUGAAUGUGGUUGCUUAAGCACGUUACAGUGACAAAAGCAGGUUCACCACAUUUUCUACCAAAUGUGUGAGUGGAGCUGUCGCAUUUGGUGAUUGAAGGAAAGCUUAAGGGACAAUGCCUCUUAUAUUGCACGCAUGAAGCUCUUAUAAUGAAGAUGAUGAUUGUCAAUAUUUUGUACAAUGCAAUUUUAUCUUUUAUGCACAAACAUCUUGUUCUUCCCCUGUUUAUGAUUGUCCUCAAGUUGGUCAUAGAAGGAUUUGAUUUCAUAAGUGGAAGUUUAGCACACGGGAGGUGUUAGAUGCAACACUGCCUAGUGUCAAUGAUUAGUAAUAAAUUUGGAAGAUAAGAUCAGAUUAGUGCCAAUAGGAAUAAUGCAGCUACUUAUUUCAAUUGUUUUAUGGAUGAGAGUCUUUGUUUUGUGUCUAUAUAUAUGUAUAAUAUUGCGGUUUCUAAUUGAUGAAAGGCUAUUGGUGUGCCGUAUAAAGUGGUGUUAGGCAUUUGUUUCAGUGUCAAGGUGCUUCAUCUCACAAGUUAACUUAAAAACAAAGAGGAAUACCAUAAAGUUGAGUUAAACUGAGCUUAUCAAGACAGUUAGACUUUCCAAUUCCAAUCUACGAAAUAAGAUAGGUAAUAAUUUUAAGCCUCCAGGUUGACCAAUUCUUAAAGGGCAGACCAAAAGCUGAUUUUUUUAAAAGAGUCUUUCUUUCAUGUCCGAAUAUAGUUUGUUUUUCUUUUCACUUGUCAUGCAUAUUCAGUUAUAUCAUUCAUCCACAUUAUGUGAAACUGUGUUCUUUAUGUAGUGAAAUUGCAAUGAUGAUGUGUGGAGUAUCCUCCUUCACGUUCCCUAUAUCUGUUAAUCUCACCAAUUUUUUCAUGGCUGAGGACUAUAACCAUUAGAGAUAGAUGGAACGAGUAUGGGUUGUAUUUCAUUUUGGAGAAGAUAAAGCUUGAGUCAGAAUUCUGAGUUGGACUUAUUGAGUGUUUGACGCAUGUGUCUUGGUAGUGGAAAAAUGAAUUUCAUGGAUGAGGAUGCUUCUUCGGGCUCUGGGGAUGUGAUGCAAAUAUGCUAGAUGGAAACAAGCAUCAGUCUGGGAUGCCAUCAAAUUUAGGGCGUAGAAAGAGAAGUCGCAAGGCUACAUGUGAUGCUAUAGUGGAUGCUAUGCUAGAUUUAGCUGCUGCUUCCAAAAUGAGGACAACUGCAAUUAUGAAGAACGAGGAUCGGUUUUCUAUAAGCAAGUGCAUAAAGAUCUUGGAUGAGAUGAUAGAUACAUCUGCUGAAAUGGAUGAUUUCGACUUAGAACUGGAUGAGAUGGAAUUAACUGCAGCAGCUGCUGGGUACCAUUAUUAUAGCAGUAUUUCCAGGCAACCUUGCCAUAGUUUGUCACCAAGUAAAGGAUGUGGAUUUAUGACAGAGGUGCUAAAUGGUCAUGAUGUUGUGUUCCAGGAAAUGUUUCGAAUGGAUAAAAAUGUAUUUCACAAAUUGUGUGACAUUCUUCGUCAAAGAAGCUUGUUGCGUGAUACCGCGGGUGUUAUGAUAGAGGAGCAACUUGGAAUAUUUCUGAAUAUUGUUGGCCAUAAUGAGCGGAACAGAGUAAUCCAAGAGAGGUUUCAUCACUCAGGUGAAACCAUCAGCCGUCAUUUCAACAAUGUGUUGAAGGCAGUCAAGUCACUUUCACGUGAAUUUUUACAGACUCCAAAGCCCAGCACUCCUCCAGAAAUCCUUGGAAAUCACAGAUUUCAUCCUUAUUUCAAGGACUGUAUCGGAGUCAUUGGUGGAAUGCAGAUUCCUGCCCAGGUACCGGCCAAAGAUCAAUCCCGCUUUCGUAAUAAGAAAGGUGUUUGUUCACAAAAUGUGGUGGCAGCUUGCACAUUUGACCUUCAGUUUAUAUUCAUUUAUCCUGGUUGGGAAGGCUCUGCUGCAGGUUCACGUGUAUUGAGAGCAGUUCUUGACGAUCCACAUCAGAAUUUUCCACAUAUUCCUGAAGGUAAAUAUUACCUUGUUGGCACUGGAUAUGCAAAUAUGAAAGGAUUUAUUGCGCCAUUUCAAGGGGUCAGGUAUCAUAUCCAUGAAUAUAGAGGUGCUAAUCAGUUACCUAGAGAUGCAAGGGAGCUAUUUAACCACAGACACUCGUCUCUUAGUAAUGUCAUCCGGAGAUCUUUCCAUUUGUUGAGAACUAGGUUUCCUAUCCUCCAAGUUGCUCCUCAGUAUGCUUUUCAUACCCAAAGGGAUAUAGUUAUAGCUGCUUGUGUUCUACAUAAUUACAUUCGACGUGAGUUGAAAAAUGAUUGGCUGUUUUCCAGCAUGGAAUGUUUAACGGUGGAUGAUGAUGUCGAUGAACAUCCUGAUACCGGGUUGGCUUCUUUGGUACAAGAGCAGGUUGCGUUUUCUAUGAGAGAAUCAAUUUCUUCAGAAAUGUGGUAUCACUUUAUGCAUGGAUGGGAUCAGUGGUGACCGCUCGUAACACCUCUACUGUAUCAUAUCAAUUAUAAAAUCUGAGAUUUUAUCAUUUUCUUUGGUCAAGUCAUAAUUGUUUUGAUCAUACUUAUUACAAUUUUUAAUGUUAACAUUAGCACGACCAGGCAAUUGGUGUUUGCAUAUA